UUCCCCUUCACGACGCCCCUACUGGCUGCCUCUCCUCUCCUUCCCGACGCCGCCGCCCCUGCCUCGCUUCCGCCCUUCCUCCUCCUCCUCCGCGCCUGCCCCUGCCUCCGCCGCCGCCGCUCGUCCCCUGCUUUCUCCUCCACCGCCGGUGCUCGUCCCUGCCUCCUCCGCGGCGCUCUCUGCUCUGCCUCCUCCCUCGCCGGCGCCGCCUAGGAGUCCGCCUACCCCCAUAGGCCAGGCAGGAACCCCUCGCCUAGAGCCUAGUCGUGCCUAGGCGCCCGCCUACUUCCGCCUUUUUUGAACCGCCUCCUGCGGCGACGCCAGUCGGAUGGCUUUACAGGCGACGGAGCAAGGGAGCCGCGGCCGGCCCCUGCCCAGCGCCGCCGACACCGACCCCAUCCGGCGGCCGCUCGCUCUCGGUGGCGCGGGCUGCUCGUUCAAGAGGGCCGUGGUGGCCGGGCUCCCCGACGACGCCCUGGUGGAGAUCCUCUCGCGGCUCCCCGCCAAGUACCUCUGCCUGUCCAAGUGCGUCUCCAAGGCCUGGCGCUACCUCAUAGCCGACCGCCUACGCUGCAGGAAGCUCCCCCUCACGCUGGAAGGCUUCUUCUAUGGCUGCGAGUACCGAGACCGCAAGGCACCAUUCGGCAAUGAGGGCUGCUGCGAUUCACUCAGUGACAGUGGAGACAAAGCGGCAGCGAGGGCAGCGAUGAAGGGUGCAGUGAGGGCAGCGCUGAAGGUGGCAGUGAGGAUGACAAGGAAGGCAGCAGUAAGAACAACGACAGAGGUGGCAGGGAGGUCUGUGGGCAUUUCAUAAACCUGUUGGGGAAAUCUGCGCCUCUCGUCGACCCUUCAUUCUCCUUCCUGAGGAAGCAGCCUGGAAUUAAUAAUCUCACCCUCUUAGAUUCCUGCAAUGGGCUUCUCCUCUUUGGGCAGACCUCCGCCUUUGGUGAUACGACGAGCUAUAUUGUGUGUAACCCUGCCACUGAACAUUGGGUGCCUGUGCCCAGCUCCGGCUUCUCAUCAAAUCCACUGGAAUACGAUGAAGACAGCGAUGAAGAUGCUGGGGAAUCCUGUGUAUGGACUUGCUUGAUUUUUGACCCAGUCAUCUCCCCACACUUCCAGUUGAUCGAGUUCUGCCACAAUCCAGAAGUUGACAUGGUGCUCACCUACUCGUCUGAAGCUGAGAGAUGGGAUGACAGACCGAGGGAAAGGCGGCGAUGGAAAAAGGGAGGUCAAUGGGAUUUGCAUAGAACCGCAUCAUCCAUGAGGGGUAGCACAUUGUUCAACAAGUUGCUGCAUUUGAUUGUCAGCCCCUCUUCUAUAGGUCCUGAGCUGAUCGCUGCUAUUGAUGGGAAAGGGAAGACACGUAAGGUCCUCCACUGGGACCAGAAUCAUGGUUUUCCUGUGUUUGUGGGUCAAUCCAAAGGGCUUUUGCAUUGCUUGAGUGUGAGCGGGCAUCCAGAUGGCAACUCUUGCCCUAUGACUGAGCUAUCCGUUUGGGUCCUUGAGAACUAUGAUGCAGAAGAAUGGAAACUGAAGCACACUGUGAGCUUUUCGGAGCUGUUUGGGAAAAAGAGUUGCCAUUUUGGAUCCGACUACAAUGUGAUCACCAUUCAUCCUGAUCAGAAUUUGGUUUUCUUUGUUCAGCAUUGGGACUAUAAGCUGAUAUCAUAUGAUAUUGAUCGUAAGGAAGUGUGCGCUCUCUGCACUGUCGGAGGUUACUAUGGGUUUAUUGCUCCUUACGCUCCCUAUUUCUCUGAAACACCAGUGCUCUCAAAGAAGCGCUGAAAGUGCUGCUUGUUGAAAACUGAGUUUUUGAACUUUGUUUGCUAUGUAAUUGCGACCAACUUGGUAACUUGGAUAAAUCUGCUUGAAUUAGAUUGUAUACUUUGUUAUUGCUUGGAUGUAUUUGUUCUCAUGUUUUUAGUCCAAAGAACACUGCAAGCCAGUUGUUUUCAUGUGUGUAAGCUAGCUUCAUAUGCUAGUUGUCUCAAUGAAUGUAGUUUCUUGC